UGUGGCGCUGUUACGUCUAGGUGUCACGUGACAGAUCCCGGCGUGACGUGGUGGUUGGAUGACGCAUACGGAAGCGCUGCGGCUGCCGCUGUUUCUGCCACGGGUGGUUGUGAGGCUGCGGCUCGCGCCCGAGGCUGUUACGGGAGGAGGAGGCGGCGCAGGCGCCACCAGUGCGCAUGCGGCUCGGAGAUGGAGCUGUUAGCACCAAUGCGAUUGUAUACACUGUCCAAACGACACUUUGUCCUGGUCUUUGUUGUAUUCUUCAUUUGUUUUGGUUUGACAGUCUUCAUAGGAAUUGCAGGUCCUAGUGUAAUUGAAUCCACUGCAGUAACAGCUACAUUGAAUAACUUAAAGAUGAGGCCAUUUAAAUUAAAUUCAAAACCAUUGUCUACUUAUAAUCAGCAGCUGUGGCUGACAUGUAUGAUUCAGCUGGAUCAGCCUGAUGAAUCCAGCUUCAAAACAAAUGUUACUAUGACAGUUAAAAUACGUGGUGUAGAAGAAAAUGGAAGUUCAUCGUUCAUUAAUAAACAAGUUUACAAUCGGACGAGAAUGCUGAACUGUGCACAAAAAUGUGCCGAAAUCAUUGUGGUUCACCUUGGCUACCUGACUUACACUCAGUACGAAGUCAUUGUUGGUUUUGAGGAUCUGAAUAAGCUGAUGUACCCCAUCAAGAAUGUGAAUUUCACAUGGAAAACCUACAACCCUUCUUUUUCACAAGUGGAAAUCUGGUUCCGAUUUGUCUUUGUAGUUCUUACUUUCAUGGUCACUUGUCUGUUUGCACAUUCUCUCCGGAAAUUUUCCAUGAGGGACUGGGGAAUUGAACAAAAAUGGAUGUCCAUCCUCCUUCCACUGUUGCUGCUUUAUAAUGAUCCAUUUUUCCCCCUCUCAUUUUUGGUGAAUAGUUGGUUUCCUGGAAUGCUUGAUGACCUCUUUCAGUCUGUGUUUCUGUGUGCAUUGCUGCUGUUCUGGCUCUGUGUCUACCACGGGAUACGAGUGCAGGGAGAAAGGAAAUGCUUAACGUUCUAUUUUCCCAAAUUCUUUAUCGUUGGGCUUCUGUGGUUGGCCUGUGUUACAUUAGGAAUAUGGCAAACUGUUAAUGAACUACAUGAUCCAACAUACCAGUUCAGGGUUGACACAGGUAAUUUUCAGGGAAUGAAAAUCUUCUUCCUUGUGGUGGCAACUGUAUAUAUCUUGUACCUUUUGUUCCUGAUAGUGAGGGCGUGUUCAGAGCUUCGCAACAUGCCUUAUGUUGAUCUCAGAUUAAAAUUCUUGACUGCAUUGACCUUUGUAGUUCUUGUCAUUAGCAUUGUUAUACUUUAUCUACGCUUUGGAGCACGAGUUCUACAGGACAACUUUGUAGCUGAGCUGUCAACUCAUUAUCAGAAUUCAGCAGAAUUCUUAUCAUUCUAUGGUUUACUCAACUUCUAUCUCUACACUUUAGCCUUUGUGUAUUCCCCAUCAAAGAAUGCACUGUAUGAGUCACAGUUGAAAGACAAUCCUGCCUUUUCUAUGCUGAAUGAUUCAGAUGAUGAUGUGAUUUAUGGGAGUGACUAUGAAGAAAUGCCACUUCAGAAUGGUCAAGCCAUUAGAGCCAAGUACAAGGAAGAAUCAGACAGUGAUUGAGUUCAUGUGGAGGAGACUUGCUUAUGGAAAUGAAAGUGAUCUUGAGGUUUUUCCUAGAUGACCACUUCCUUGACUUUCUUAUGAGUCUGCUUUCAGCUGAACACUAUCUCCCUAGGAAGGACUUCCUAUUUAUUUCUGUUUACAGAGUUAAAACAAAACUGAAGGAAAAAUGGAAAUGCUUGAAAAGAUUGUGGUGGAGGCUUCUAAGAAACCAAAUUCAUUCUUUACACUAGGUUUAGAAAAUGUCACGUACAGGAUUUCUGUGGAGAACAGACUGCUAAAACAAUGAGGCUUUCAGAGUCUGGUUCCAACUAAGAGUGUCACCGAGUAUAUGCUGAUUUAAAAUUGCUUCCUUGCUGUCUGUUUUUAGAGGAUUAUGUACAGCACAUCAUCUUCACUCCUGAUGCAGCUUGUGUUAGCUAUUGUGUACAGUGUCCACUGGUGAUGGUGCCUCUCUUUCUUCUUCCCUUCCUCACCCUGCCCAUCUGAGUUAGAGGUACGAAAUGGCAGGUAUUUCCAUUGAUUUCUGAGAAACCACAAGCUUUAUUGCUUCUGCAAAGGGGCAGCAUUCACAGUUCAGUGGUCAGCUCUGUAAUUGACUGGAGUUCAUAAAAUGGAAGUUUGCCAAAUAUCUACAGUUAUGAAUGUGAGACAGGUACAAAUAUUCCAGUUCUGUUGAGGCCGAAAUUUAUAAACAGAAUAAUAUAUUAUAAUCAGCAGUGCAAAAUAAUUUGCAAGGGUUUCUCUUAGAAUGAUCAAAACAAAAUAAGACAAAAAUAAGUUAAAACGUCUAGUUUAAAUAUUUUAAACUGUUGCAAACCUUGGUGGGAAAUCCAUCUGUGAUGGGCGCAGAGGAGGGAGAAAAUGGGUACAUUUCCUACAAAGAGUACAAGAUACAACUUAAUAUUUUUUACACAAACAUUCUUUUAAUUGCUAGAUCCUUUCCUAAAUUAGGAUUUUUCAUGCAAUCUUCUCAUAGCUGUUUAAAAAAAAAAGUUUAUAUUAUAAGAACAAUCACUUUUGAUGACAUGUUGAACAAAUGUACAAAAGUGUGUUCUUCAGCAUGUUCUGUAGAUAGCUCAACCUCUUCAUCUUUAGACACACCUAAAUAGCUAUACUUAAAAUGCCUGCUGCUUACAAGUAUCUUUUUUACUGUCCCUUUUCAGGCUAUGCUAGAACAGUGUGCUAAACAACUUCAGAGUAUUUACUGGAAUAUUUCUCAUCAUGAUAUUUAAAUGGGUGUUUCAAUUUCCCUACCAUAAUAUAGCUUUGUUUUUAAAGGGAGGCUGUCAAUUUCUAUUAACUUUUUUUAAAAAGUUUAGUAUUUUCAGGUAUGCCAUCUGUCCCUGGAGUCUUUCUGUAGGUUUUUCUGUGGUUUCACAAUCACCAUUUUCUUACUGUUUCAUACAGCAACAGGGAAGAGAAAUACCCAAACUAACAAAUGAGAAACUGACAGCAUAUAGAGAACAAACAGUGAUUUUGAUCUAUAUGCAAAGACCUGUCUACAUUAGGGAAUUGAACUGGUUUAAUCAUAAAACUUCACUGUGUCCACAAUGAACAUGCUGAAUUGCAUUGGGAACCACUGCAGGUUUGUCUUACAUUCACAUUAGAACUGUCCUAAACCACUUCAUCUGCAAUAACCUCUGGGUAUCUGUUUCACA